AUGUCUCUACCUGGUAUCCACCAGUUCACAGCUCUGGGGCUGCUGGAUGACCGAGAGAUUGACUACUACAACAGUAAGGAGCAGAAGAAGAUUCCUAAACAGAGCUGGAUGAUGGAGAAGAUGCAGGAAGAUUACUGGGAAAAAGGAACCCAGUCUCGCAAGAGUAAAGAACAGUGGUUCAAGGUCAACGUGGAGAUCCUGAUGAAGAGGAUGAACCACAGUGAAACUGAUCUUCAUGUUCUUCAGUGGAGACACGGCUGUGAGAUCGAUGAGUUUAACAAUGGAACAGUGAAGUUUCUGAGAGGGAUUGAUCAGUACAGUUAUGAUGGAUCAGAUUUUCUCUCCUUUGAUAAUUCUCACAGGGUCUGGGUCGCUCCGGUUCAAGCUGCAGAAGAAACCAAGAGGAAAUGGGAUGGUGUGGCCAUCCUGAACCAGUACACCCAGGGGUACCUGGAGAAAGAGUGUGUGGACUGGCUCACCAAAUUCAUGGAGUAUGGAAAAGAAACACUACGAAAACACUGGUUGGGCGGUAUUGAAGUUUUUCAUACCGUCGUCAGAUUAUAUGGCGGUAUACGGUGCAGCGCGCAGCGCCUCGCGGUCCGCGGAAUUGCUUAUAUUUACAGCGCUCGAGCUAGCUGCGAAAUAAUGACAGAAAACUCUGAGGAAACUGCAGAAUUCUGUACGGUAUUAGAAUAUGAGCGCGAGUGA